AUGGGGGAACUGUGUAAUGGUGGGGGUGAAAUUUCGGUCGUAAAUAUCUACGCACCUCACGACCAGAACCAGAAAAAACAGCUCUGGGUAGACUUACUUGCUUUGAUGAGAUCCUCCUCUGGCUCAUGGAUUUUUCUUGGUGAUUUUAACUGUGUGAGAGAACCCAAUGAAAGAAAAAAUUCCGGAUUCAACAAACAAGAGGCAGACGACUUCAACUCCUUCAUCAAUGAAGGAGGUUUGGUGGAAUACUCCAUGCUGGGGUGUGCUUUUACAUAUGUAACGGAUGAUGGUUUAAAGUUUAGCAAAAUUGAUCGGGUACUAGUAUAUCACUCUUUUCUAUCUUUGUGGCCUUCGGCAAAAUUGUUAGGGUUAUCGAGAUAUAAAUCUGAUCACAGACCGCUACUCUUGCUAUGCUCCGACGUAUUUUUCGGUAAGCCACCCUUUCGCUUUUUCAACUCGUGGCGAAAAGAGAAUGGGCUAGCUGAGAUUGUGAAGAAAGCGUAUGAUGAAGUCACACACAUCUAUCCUCUAGACAAAUUAUUGGCAGCAAGACUCAAAGCGAUCAAAGCUGCUAUAAAACCUUGGUGCGAAAAGAUAAGAAACAGGGAUAGUAAAUUGCUAAAGGAGCUUCAAAAAAAGGUGGAUGAUAUGGAUUUGAAAGCUGAAACUGUCGCGUUAAGCGAACAGGAGGUAUGUGAAAGAGACUCGUGGUUAAAAAAGUUAAAUGAAUUGGAUGAUAAUAGGCUGGAAGAUCUCAAAGAAAGGGCGAAAGUUAAAUGA